AUGGUUGCUCGCAGAGUACUUGAGCUCUACCGAUCAGUUACAAGGAAAGAUCCACACAUGGAGAACAAAGCCAACCCCGCAGGAGUUCAUGUUUUUUCUCUCACCAAGAACAUGAUUGGAGAAAUCGAAAAUCGUUCAUCUUAUGUUUUAGCAGUAACUCGCCUCCUCCUGCUCACCGGUGCGAGCCUCCCCUUCUCCUGCUCGAGCUCCUCCGGCUGGUCCCUCCUCCUGCUCGAGCACGCCGGCAAAAUUGCUCGCCGCUGCGGAUGCUCUAAGAACAUUGCCGAUGUAGAAGCAUUUGUGAAUUGGCUGGAUCUGCAGCUGUCCUCCUUGGUUGAUGAAAGAGCAGUUUUGAAACAUUUUCCGCAGUGGCCAGAACGAAAAGCCGACAUUCUGCGAGAAGCUGCCUGCAACUACAGAGACCUCAGAAACCUCAAAUCCGAAGUCUCAUCAUUCGAAGACAACAUGAAGGAGCCACUGCUCUUGGCUCUUCGAAGAAUAGAGGCAUUACAAGACAGAUUGGAGAGAAGUCUUAGCAGCACAGAGAGAACAAGGGAUGUUACCAGCAAGAAAUACAGGGAUUUUCAGAUCCCAUGGGAAUGGAUGUUAGACACAGGGUUGAUCGGACAGAUGAAAGUAAGUUCUCUAAGGCUCGCCAAGGAGUUCAUAAAGAGAUUAUCAAAGUGCAGAACCUACUGCUCCAAGGAGUCCGAUUUGCUUUCUAAGUGCACCAGGUAAGACACUGAAUAAACACUUAUUUCACUUAUAACUGCUACAUUUACUUGUAGGCAUAUUGCAGUGUUCACCCUCAAUUCAUGCUAAUUUCUCAAUUAAAUUGUAGGCAUACUGAAUUUCAUGCAUUCAAGAUUGAGAAAAGCACCUAUUACCACCAGCUAUUACAACAUUAUAGAGAUAUGGUGGCUUACAACCAACCCUAUAUCGCUCAUCUAUGAACUCAAUAUCAAUAAUCUCUCGUCGCAACCUCAAUGCAGUGUCAGAACAGAACUUGCACUGACCAGAGACCCCACCCUAAUUUAAAAUAUCUAUGAUGCAUAUAAUCAAACACUUCAACUUUCAGGAUUCCAGAAUCACCUCGAGCCCUUGAUCAGCAAAGUGAGGUCGGUGGCCAAACAAUUCAAUAUCAAGAAGCCUAUAUACACUGCACGGUUCAAGACGCAACAACAAGACCAUUAAUAAAACAGCUGAACCUAAACCACUAUGCUGUGACAUUGACCUAGGUCGAUAUCAUCGAGACGAAAACACAAUAAGCAAAUCACAGCAACACGGCAUGCCAACAACGCAGCGCAAUCGAUUAUCAACAGACUAUUUCAUCCAUUCAACAACUAAAAAUACGAAAGAGAAUGUAGUCAAUAAGUAGUUGAAUUCCAUAUUAAUUAAAAAUGUAGAGAAUGUAACAGAGGAAAUCUCAUAAUAAAAACGAGUACCAAAACGAAGAGUCGCUCUGACCCGAAACGAACAACUAAGUCCGGGAUUAAACUCAAAACCCUAGACCGGCUCAAGAAACGUCAUCUGAAACAGGUCGUGCUGCAAUUACUUGGAUCUCUGUCUCAUCUUUCGGCGCUUCCUCUUCAACCUCCUCAUUCUCUUCUUCUU